AUGCGAGGUAAAAUCGUUGAUUCUGGCCUCAUAUUCGGGCUGCUCGCCGUAUGCUCACUCGCGAGCUGUCAAUCCAUACCAGGGGAACGCAAGGUGUGCCGGGUAGCGUCCCAAUACGCGGCAUCAAACGGCACUGCAGAUGACUCGCCGGCAAUCGCAAAAGCGUUCGAGGCGUGUAGCUGUGGUGGCAUCGUCGAAUUUGGAGAUGGCGUGGACUUCAAUGUCCUCACUCCAAUCAGCGCGAACAACCUUAGCAAUGUGGAAAUCAUAAUGAAUGGCAAUCUGCACCUUCCCAGAGAUAUCGAAUUCGUCCAGAAAGUGUACAAUCACACCGCCAACAAAGAUGGAAAGCUUUUCUGGUUCACGUUUGCAGGAGAGAACAUCUCAUACACUGGAACUAAGAAUGUGACGACGGGCUGGAUCUACUCAUACGGGCAAGCAUGGUGGAAUGCUAACCGUGUCAAUGGCACUGGCAUCGUUGGCCGCCCUAACCUCAUGUUGCUAAACAUCACCAACGGCAUAGUCAAGCAUCUCAAGUCUUCUAAGCCGAUCGCGUGGAACUUUCGACUGAGCGGCAGCAACAUCACUGUAACUGAUACGAUCAUCGAUGCAUCUUCUGAUACCGAUAUUGGUCAUUUUGGCGUAGGAUUUCCAUUCAACACGGACGGCUUCGGAGUCGCUGGGACGGACAUCACAAUCACUGACUCGGUGAUCUAUAACGGAGACGAUGCCUUUGGAAUUUCAAGCGGAGCCCACAACGUUAACAUACGACGAGCCACGAUCGGAUAUGCUAGUCAUGGUCUGUCCAUUGGCAGUUUGGGGCAAAAUCAAGCUGGAUUCGCCAAUGUAAGCAAUAUCUUGUUUGACGACAUCACCUGUAUCAACACAUUGUAUGGGGCAAGAUUCAAAAGUUGGGUUGGUGGACAAGGUCUCGUCAAGAACAUCACAUGGCAGAACAUUCGUGUCUAUAAUGUCACCUUUCCAAUCUUCGUUACUCAGACGUACACCAACCAAGCCUCCCCUCAGGUACAAAGUAAGGACGGAACUAUAUCUGAACAACGACCAAACAAUAGUUCUGUCGAAAUGCAAGACUUCAAGUGGAUCAAUUGGACCGGGGUGCAGAACACCUAUGCUCCCGGCGAUGGAAGCUGUGUGAGCGAUCCUUGUUGGUACAACGCCGGUCUUCCAGGUCUCAAACACACCGAAGCCAUCAUCAUCGAAUGCAAUACCAACCAGUCCUGCCAGAACUUUGAGAUGAAGAACAUUCAGAUAUUUCCGCAAAGUGCGCUUCCGCCCACGGUCAUCUGUAUGAAUGCAACAGCCCAUUCGAACCCUGCACUCGGCUUUCGCUGUGAGAAUGGGACAUACAUGCCUAUUGCUUGA